AUGGGUUCUCUUCAAUACUUUGAACCGAAGAAGAAUGGGGGUAAGACUUAUGUGUUCCCUCCUGAUGCUGUGGUUGAAGAGAGCAUUGUGCAAUGGAAAUCAAGUCUUGUAGGGCAAUUUAUGGAUAAACCUUUGCCUUAUUUUCUUGAGAAGAAGUCGGUGCAAUCAAUGUGGAGCCAGUAUGGAGAGAUUGAGAUUUUUUCUCUGGAGAAUGGCAUUUUCAUUUUCCGGUUUCAGGAUGAGGCUACCUGUGAAGAAAUCCUGGAGAACAAGCUAUGGCAUGUUGCAAACAAGCCAUUGAUUUUGCGUAAAUGGCAGCCAGGUAAACCUUUGUAUGCUGAUAAGGUCACGGAAGAAAGGAAACGGUUGGGGUUUGCUAGGGUAUUAGUUGAAAUUGACAUUACUUCAGAAUGCCCUAAGGAGAUAGUAAUUGGGAGGGAGAAUGGGGACACUAUUAAUGUAGGUGUUGAAUACCCAUGGCUGCCUCCCAAGUGCUCUGUAUGUGGAGGAUUUGGACAUGCUGCAUAUGCUUGUGCCAAGAAGGGUGAAAAGGAAGCUAAGGUGUGGAUUCCUAAAGUUCAGAAGGUAGUAUCUGUGAGGACUAAUAGUCCUCAUUCAAAACAGAAUCUAUCUUUUGAUAGGACAAUUAGGAAGCCUGCUGAGAAAGCUAUGCAGAGGCCUUCAACUGAGAAUAAAACUAAGAAGAAAGAUGGCAAACUUCAUCAGUCCAAUUCCUUUGAGAAGAUAGGGUUGGAAGAUACAGUUGAUGAGGAGUUCACUCUCCGAUCACCCAUCACUUUUAUGGAUGCGUUUGAGAAGGCUAUAGUAAGAGAGGAAAAUGUAAGGAAGUUUAAGGAUGGGAUGUUUACUAAUUGGAAGAUUAUUCAUAACUACUCCUCGCAUGUGUUAGGGCGUAUUUGGAUCUGUUGGGAUCCAGGCAUAACCUCUGUUAGUGCUGUCUCCAUUCAUGAGCAGGUGUUAACAUGUAAAGUGGAAGUUGUUCAGGGUAAGGGUCCUUGGAUCAUGUCAGUUGUGUAUGGGGCAAACCAGGGAAUUGCUCGUAGGCAGAUGAUGACUGAAUUGGCUAGUAUGCAGAGGAGCUGUCAUGGGAUUCCGUGGAUUAUUGCUGGUGAUUUCAACACCAUCCGGUUCCAUGAAGAGUCCAGUGGUGUUCUGUCCUGCUAUGAUAAGGAGUUUGAGGAGUGUGUAAAGCAGCUGGAAAUUGAGGAUAUACCCUAUUCUGGGUGUUUUCAUACAUGGGCCAACAAGCAAGUGGGGGUGGAUUUCAUCUCUAAGAAGCUAGAUAGGGUUCUAUCUAAUUUUGACUGGAUGAAGGAUUUCCCUAAUACCUCUAUUGACUUCUUAGAUAGAGGUAUAUCUGAUUAUUCCCCAGCUCUUAUUUCGGUGGAUCAAUUUUCUAGCUUUGGUCCUAAGCCCUUUAAAUUUUUCAAUUUUUGGGCUGAUCAUAAGGAUUUCCUUGAUUGGGUAGCUGAGGGGUGGAGGGUUCAUGUGGAAGGUUUCUCCAUGUUUCAGCUUUAUGCUAAGUUGAAGACUAUCAAAGCUAUUCUUAAGGCAAAGAACUAUGAGGUUUUUGGUGGAUUAAAUCAAAGGGUGGUUCGAGCUCGGCAGGAAUUAGCUAAUGCUCAAUCUGGUUUUAUGAAUUCACAUGAGAAUGCAAUGUGGCAUAAGAAAGAGCAGGAGUGUUUACAUGCCUAUACCUCUCUUGUGACUGCUGAGGAGAAUUUCUUGACGCAGAAAUCAAGAAAUCAGAGGCUUAAUCUUGGUGUUGGAAACUCUGCUUUCUUUCAUAAAGUAGUGAAGGUCAGAAAUGCUUGUAACUUGGUUAAAGUGCUAAAAGAUGAUAAUGGUGAUAGCAUUCAGGAUGCUAAGCAGUUUGAGGAGUUGGCUAUUUCUUUUUAUAGGAAUCUUCUUGGGCAUUCUUCCCAUGUUUUUUCUCAGUAUGAGAAUAUGGAGACAGUUGAUGGAAGAUUGCCUUGUUGUAGAUCCGUAUGUGAGAUGGGAUCAGAUAAUGAAAUGGAGUAUUGGUAA